GGAAAGAGAAGAAGAAUAGUCUUGCGUAAUAAUUUAUAAAUUUUUUUGACAGGUUGACGAUUGUUGAUUUUAUUGUUAUCUCAAUCUGAAAGUUAUCCAUCCAGACAGGAAUUCCUGUUAAUGACCUUUUGAGAUCAAUUAGUAUUCCACAACAAUUUUAGGUUUACAAGUAAUCAAAAUAUGGCUGAUCAGCAACAAUUUUUCCUGAAAUGGAAUGACUUCCAGAGUAAUAUGGUUACAUCUUUUCGGCAUCUCAGAGAUGAAAAAAGCUUCACUGAUGUUACAUUAGCUUGUGAGGGCCAAACUUGCAAAGCUCAUAAAAUGGUGUUAUCAGCUUGUAGUCCUUAUUUCAAAAGCUUGUUAGAGGAAAAUCCAUCCAAACAUCCCAUUAUAAUCCUGAAAGAUGUAGCAUACAGUCAUUUGCAAGCAAUAUUGGAGUUUAUGUAUGCUGGAGAAGUGAAUGUGAGCCAGGAACAGCUACCAGCCUUCUUGAAGACAGCUGACAGACUCAAAGUUAAAGGAUUAGCGGAAGCUCCACAGGCUAUUAAAAGAGAGUAAAUUUGUGCAUUUUUUAUAUUGUCUGGAUAAUAUUUUACUCAUCACCUGGUCUGAAUUCUGAUGAAAUUUCUUUUAAUUCAUAAAACAUGAACCCAAUGGGGAAGUUACACAUCCCAGAAAUCGUGAAUAAAGAGGAAUGAAAUGAAAAUAAUAAACAUAGAUAAUAUGCCCUAAGCAAUUCACAAGGAAUGAGUUAUGUGCACAAGCUCAGAACAAUCAAUGGUGUAACAUUGGAUUCUUGUUAUAUGACAAAUAAUAUGUUUAUAAUACUAAAUACAAUUUCAUCAAAAUUGAUCCAGCACAAAAAGUUGAAUAUUACCAUUCCCUGUGUAUAGAGUGGCAGUUUUUUUCAAGACUUAAUUGGAUUAAUUUUCAAUUAAUUAUUUUUAACUAGAAAAGUUCAUGUGAUUGGUGCUGAUUUCUAAUCACAAUAAUAGUAUAUAAAAAUCCCAUGAAACAUUGAAACAUGUGCCUUGUGUAGAAUGAAAAUUCUAUGCACAAUACCAUAUUCAGUAUGAAAAUAUGACUUCUGGCUGAUUAUUCAGUGAGUAGAUACAUGAUUAAUUUGUUGAAAACAACCCCCUACCUCCAAGGAUUCAUCAAAUGUACCCAACUUUUUUUUAUUUUUCACACAGUGAUUGAGUCUCAAGUGUUCAACAUUGUAUGGUAUGUUUCAUAUAAAAAAGUAAAAAUUUGUGUUGCUUUGAUAUAUUUUUUGACUGGUUUGAUAACUUGUAGAUGUCACCUGCCUAAACUCUCCAAUUGUUACAACAAACUGCUUCAUGGCUUUUCAGAAGUACUGAAAAAUAUAAGUCUGCAAUUUGUAAGAAAGAAGUUGGGAUGGUUUCUAAGGGGAUGUUCUGAUGACUUUUGUUCUAAAACAUGCCUUUUUCAAUUUCCAUUUUUCAGGAUCAUGAUGUUUUGCAAUUGUUUCCAAGAAAAUGAUUGUUUAAAUAUAGUUGAAACACUCUGUAUUUGGGGUAGGCCAUAGAGGUUUUGGCUUAUCAAUCAUUGAUAUUUUCAUGAAUCUAUAGUUUUUCAUUAUCUAUCUAGUGGAUAAUUUUUUCAUUGAGUACCUCUUAUUAUCAUAUAAUUGGGAAAGAGAACAUUGCACAUGUUAAAAUAUAUGACAAAAAAUAAUCAAAAUCUUAUAAUAUGAACAUCUUUCUAUAAAGAAAAUUUCAACCUCUAUGCCACAUCAUAAUAUUGUGAAAUGGCCUUCAAUAUUAACCAAUAAAAGCAAAGGUCAAUGCUUCCCUAUGAUUUCCAAUGUUGUCUUUUAGUUGGAAUGGACUAUAGAAGUGGGCUAAAAUAACAAUUAAUAAUCAACAGAAAUUUCGAAAAUUAUCAAAGUUAUCAAUAGUAAUGAUAUUAUGGAUAACUGGAUAACAUUUCAUCUAAAUUAUUAUAGAUAUAUUGAUAAAUUUGCCCACCCCUACUCUGUACAUCAGAGUGUUUCUUUAGUUUGCAGGAAACAAUGAGGUUAGGGUGAGGGUGGCUUAUUUUGGAUCGCCUAAUAUUUAUUUCAAAUGCAAAUUGACCCAGACUAGGUAUACAGGUUGUUUUCAUUCUAUCUUUCAAUUUUGUUCAUCCUCUUGUUUUCACAAUGAAGAGAGUGAAUCUGAUAAGCCAUAGAACACAUAAAUAUCAGCAGGAUACUUUUCUAUUUAUUAUCUGAUAAAAUACUCCAGACUUAUAAAAAUAUUAUAAUACUGGGAAAAUUUAUUGGUGAAUUAUAUUUGCCUACAUUGAUGAAUUUGAAUUUAUGAAUAUAAAACACAGGGAACAAUAACUUUUUGUGUAAUGAACAUAAAAAAAAUUCGUUAUUCAGAAUCUAUUAUCAGAUAAAUUAUGAUUGUUAUACCAGGUCAGUUAUACUUAUACUCAUUCCACCACUGAUACGAAUUCAUUCUUCAAUUUUUCAGGUUAUGAGAGUAUAAUAAUCGAAGAUAAUAACAACAAUUAUGUCUUGGUUUCGUAAAUAUUUAGUAUAUUUCCAUAUUUGCUGAUAUUUUGUCGGACAAUUACCUAAUGAAAAAAAUGAAAAUAAUAUUUUAUCAAGGAAUAACUGAUAUUGUGCCAGAAACUUUCUCAACAAGUUCCUAUAGUAUUUCUCCUGUAGAUUCAUAAUAUGACCUCACAUUUUUGAUAAUUAUUAUAUUAUUAUUCUCACAACAACUCAAGAUGGGGAAAAAUAGUAUUCCGGUCCUGAUAUUGGUUUCAUUCAGGAGGCUACUUGUUGAACCAUUCAGGUUUAAUUAAUGUACCAAAUUUGAACCUUAUGGGGUUCUCCAUGUAUUUAAUAUGGCAGAUUGAGUCUUUUGUCAAAAUCCAUAAAUCACUGUAUGCCAGUAACGAAGCGGUUUUGGACUUUUGUAUAUGGCAUUUUGGCAUUUUGAAAUCGUAUUGGCAGUCCCUAUAACCCCAUAAGUUUCGUCGGUUUCAUCUCUGGACAUGAGGUCUAUGUGGUGAAGUUAUCUUUCCGUCCUAUAUCAUUUUACUCUUAGAUUAGUAAUUUCUAGUAAUUUGUGAUACAAGAUAUUAUAACCAUGUAGACGUGACCUCAUAAUAAUUCUCAAUGAUCUCUGAAGUACAAAAUUUGUAUUGAAUUUGAACAUAUGAAAUGCAACCAAAUUAGCUCCACACAUAGUAAACGUUUUUCUCGUUUAGACCUAAUGAUUUCAAAAUAAAAUUAAACUGAAACUCAACACACAAGGAAAUUUUCUUCUCUGAAAAUUCUUGAUUUCUGAACUAUACCUUCAUAAUAGUCUCUAACCAGUAUUUUUUGUACGAUAUGUAUAGUUGUCGGAUGCAUGUUAGGUAUAUAUUUGUAUACAGGGUUAGGAACAAGUAUGGAAUCAGACGAAUAUCUGGGUAAUCGUUUUGUCAGACCUAGGUUUGACGUGGUCUUUACGGUACACCCUGUAUGGAGAGGAUGAUAAUUGUUACAUUUUUUCACUUCUUGGUCACUUCCGAUUUCAGCGGAACACCCUGUAUACUGUAAUAUUUUUGAAUUUCUGAGACAAUUCUGGAUCUGAAUAUGACAUUUUCAAAAGUUCAAAUGCCUACUAAUUUUUUUACAGUUAAUUCAAUAUUGCACAAAGUUAGGGAACUUUUACUUCAUGCUCAUCUUCUGUCACUGUCAUAACUUAAGUGAGUGAUUUGUUUUCCAAAGAAGACUUGAUGAGAAUAACUGCACAAUUUUAUGCAUCAUGGCUAUUUGGCUAUCCAUGGCAAACUUGACAAAGGGAAAUAAAUAUAUUAUUAUCAAAUAUUUUCCUUAGUAAUAUUCAAUUUAAGUUCUUAUUAUAGUUCAACCCCAAAAAAGACUAUCGUUAGAUUCGAAAAGUGCUUGUCAAACAUUUUCGCCAUUUGAAAAAUAAUAGUUUGCCACGAAAAUGUAUUGUUGCCAACUUGUAUUAUUUCUUUCUAUGGUAUUAGUCACUGAAACUUUGCCCUUGUAAUUUUCUGACAUCUGAGGUCCUUAGAUUAAUUUACGUCCGAUCAUGGCCAUCUAGAUGCAAUAUUAAUAGUCACUGGAAAGAAAUGAAGUAGGCGUUAAAACUUAUGAAAAUAUCACAUUCUGAUCCAGAAUUGUCUCAGAAAUUCAAAAAUGUUACAAUAUGUACAGGGUGUUCCAUUUACAAAUUCAAAAUAGGAGUCAUUUUCGUUGAAUCCGGAAGCGACCGGAAAGUGGAAAAUAUGCGAAAACUCUCCUCACACGCAAUUUACCCAUACCAAAUCACAUUUUGAAACAUCUGAUAUUCUAGAAGUUAUGACACGCGGUAUAUCCUUCAAAAUGAUGUCAGUCAGAAUUUACUAAUUGUUCAGUUUGGCUUAGCAACCAGAAAAUCCAAUUCACUGUCAUAAAAAUAGAUGUAAAAACAAUUAAAUAGUUAGGGAGUACAAAAAUAUAUAUUAUCCCCACUAUAAUUUGGCAUCCCUAGACUUCUUUUAUUCAAUAUUAUUCAUUCAACCGUUUUAACUGAUGAAAUCCAGAUCAAACACAUGAGCUUUUCACAGAACUGCAUAGGAUAUUCUAGUAUAAAGACUUGGAGAUGUUCUCAAAUUUACUCACAUUACUGACAAACUAAUAUUGUAGCAACUGAAAUCAGUAAACUAAAACAAAAAAAUUAACCAAGGAUACAUUCCGAAAAUAUUUUUGACUGAAAUUAUUUCAUUGGGAUAUUUUAAUUUUAUAUGGAAAUUCUCAAUGACAUUCUAUUUUGAAUUUCAUGUUAUUCCGAUUGUUUAAUCAUUUCGCUAUAGCCGUAGAAAAAAGUAUAAUUUAUUAAUUUGUAGCAUGACCGUACGCGAAACUUCAUACUCGUGAGAAAUAUAAACUAUACAGUAAUUCCAUUUAAUAAUGAAAUAACAUUAUUUAACGAUAACAGUACUGUUAGCAGAUUUAAUAACAUCUCUUUCAUUAACAGAAUUUGUUCCUUUGGGGUUGAAAGGGUUUGUGUGAAGAUUAUUUACUAUAAAUAAAUAUUUAGUUACACUGACUAGCUUGAAUAUAUGAAUAUUUAUUGAUACAUUGUAUGAUAUCUAGAUCAUAUUUCAAUUUCGAUGAAAUCAAUAAGGACUGUAAGAAUAUAUUUCUACAAAUAGGAAUUAUUCUUGGAGUAUGUCCCCACGGAGUUUUCAAUCUAUUUAUAUAUUUUUCAGCGUCUGCAUUUGUAUAUUUUUAGAUCGUAUAUCACUUAAGUGGGGCUUACUGUUGAUAGCUGUAAUUUUUUGUGAAUUUUUUAUAUUCUGUUUUAUAGAUUUCUAUGAAGAGUAAGUAUAAUUGGGUUUUAUUUCUCAGUUACUAUGUAGAAAAAAAUAACAAUAUUUUUUAUUUUUAUAGAAUUGAAGUAGAUUUUCGAUUGACUCUAUUUACCACAUUGUUACCAUUUCACAUACCCAUACUAAGUAGAUUGGUUUGUUGUCUUGAAAUUGAAAUCAAUGGAAAAAGUGUGUUCGAGGUUUUUGAUAUCAAAUGUGCAUAUUUUUUUUUGAAA